CAGUGACAAUGGAGUUUGUGUGUGUCAUGUGACAUUCAAAAUGGCUGCCUACGAAUGGCAACCACUGCAGCGAAAUUAUGAUUCAGAAUUCCAGAGAAAGUCAUUAGUUUGUGCAGCAGCACCCUCACAUCCUUUGCAAAGCAUCACUGUAACACAGGUUAAAGCAGACAAGAGAGGUACCCAGGGAAAGAAGAAGUCGGAGGAUGUGAAGUCGGCGAGUUUCGUGGAUCCAUUGAGCAGUCUUGGACCACUAGGUACAUCUUUUGAAGGAUCGGAUCCUUUAUCACAAAUCGCCUCACAAGGAAUAGACCAAAUCACCCGCAGCAACAGGACAAAGUCUGAAGGUGGCUUGGAUGAGACAUUUGAACCAUGGUCAACCAAAAAAGUAGAAAUUCUCACCAAAUAUACCACAUCGGAAAAAUUGUCAAUCACUACAAGUUUUCUUUCAUCAGCAGACAAAGAGAAAAUGGUAAUUAAAGCUCAUGCAAGCACAACAGUGACAGAUAAAGUACGCAAUCGUCUGGAACAACUGGAUGAUUUUGAAGAGGGCUCGGUACAGGAAAUGCUGAAUCUUAGUCAGCAAGAUUAUGUCAAACGGAUUGAUGAACUAAACCAACAACUGAUCACAGCCUGGGAAAAUGACCAAAGAGUCAAAGCUCUCAAAAUUGCAAUACAGAGUGCCAAAUUACUUUCAGAUGUGUCUGUCAUACAAUUCUAUCCCAGCAAAUUUGUAUUGAUCACAGACAUUUUGGACACAUUCGGUAGACUUGUGUUUGAUCGUUUGAAAGAGAAAGCUGUGUAUGUCCCAACAGGAAGUGGAGUAGCGAGACCAUUGCCAGAUGAUUUCACUCCUGAUAAAGUGUCUGAUAGUGCCAAAGAAACUUGUAGGAAUUGGUUUUUCAAAAUUGCCUCUAUCAGAGAACUCAUUCCAAGAUUCUAUGUGGAAGUUGCCAUUUUGAAAUGUUACAGGUUUUUGAAUGUUGGAGAAUACAACGAAGCCUUACAGAGACUAGCAGACAUGAUACGAGGAAUAGGUGACCCUUUGGUAGCUGUGUAUGCUAGAUGUUAUUUAAGCAGAGUUGGUAUUUUGGUAGCUCCUCAGAUCCGAGAUCAUCUUAUGCCUUGUUUUGAUGACUUCCUGACAACGUACAGCCAGGUUCAGAAUGAUACGGUACAGAAUAUUCUGGCUGUACAGAAGGUAGAGAUGCCUAAAUACCUGACUUUGUUUUCCCCGGCCUUGGACUGGCUUCUCCAAUGUCUGGCCAACAAAUCCUCGGAGAACACUCUGAUGGAAGUACUGCAGAAGUCAAAGAAACAUUGCAACAGUGCUUUGCUCUUGAAUUCCAUUAUCUCGGCCUUCAAACCUGAGUUUGUAGGUGUGAGAGCAGUACAGUUUACAGACAUGAUCAGGGAGUGUGAAGAAACAGGAUUUCCAAAGCAUUACCUGUACAAAACUCUCGGACUCUGCCUUGUGUUGGCCAAUCCUCCUGAGGAUCAGCAGCUGGCUGUUCUUAAUGAAGUGUGGAAGACCGUGAUGAAACUGAAAAACCCAGGGGAUUAUAUUGGUUGCUCAGAGAUCUGGAUAGAGUAUGUUGUGAAGCAUUUUGGGAAGAAGGAAGUGAACAAGAUCUUAGCAGACAUCAUUAAACACAUGACACCAGACAGAGCAUUUGAGGACUACUACUCUCAGCUACAGUCUGUAGUCACUAAAAUACUGGCUCACAUACACGAUUUCUCUCUGCUCUUUUCUAUAGAAAAAUUUUUACCCUUCGUUGACAUGUUUCAAAAAGAAUCCGUAAAAGUAGAGGUCUGUAAAAACAUCAUGGAAGUGUUUGUAAAAUACCAGAAGGAACCAACUAAUGAUCCAGUAAUAAUUAAUGCCACCAUGUUUAUUUGUAAAACCAUGCAUGAUUCAGUAGAUGCUUUAACGCUGGAUGAUGAGAGGAAGAUGAUAAGCAACCUGAUAAGUGGAUUUAUUCGUCACAUUUCCUUUGGGAGAGACUUUGAACAACAGCUUAGUUUUUUUGUGGAGUGUAGAGCAUCUUUUAGUAACCUGGACCAGGUCUUGGUUCAACUUAUUCAGAAUGUAAACAAUCUGUCUAUGGAGACAAGAGGAGUAGUCAAGGGGAACCACUCCAGAAAAACGGGCAACUUUGUCAGGGCCUGUGCUGCCUACUGUUUCAUCACCAUCCCUUCUCUCCAGUCACCAAUGUCUCAGCUACAACUUUAUCUGCUGUCUGGACAGUGUGCUCUAUUGAACCAGUGCCACAGUCAAGCUGAUGCUUUCUUCAAGGCUUUAAUUUCCCUGAUUCCGGAUAUUCCCAAAGCUGUAAAAAUGGAUGGGAAGACUAGAUCUACAGAGCCGGUACUGGUGGAAUACAUCUAUAAUUUCCUGUCUACUUUACUAAUUGUUCCGGACAAUCCAGAUGCUGGGGUGCUUUACUUGUUGCGGGGCCUGCUGAAUAUUCUACAGAACUACACCUGGGAAACACAGAGCGACUCUAAGGUUUUGGUGUAUACCAGAGUACUGGCCCUACUGUCAGCCAUGAGUCAGGACACAUAUAUCUACCAUGCAGAUCGAGUUGAUGCCAAUGACUCAAUGUAUGGAUCAGACCACAAGUUUCUUAAUGAACUAAAAAGCAUGUGUAGUACACUGGUGGAGGAAAUUGUAACCCAUCUGAAAAUGUUGGCACAAUCUGAGAUGUACAAAAGACAAAGCAUCCUCUCCAUAGAGCUGUUCCAAACUAUUGUCAGUCAUGGAAAUAUGAAAGAGCAGACUUUAUUCUCUCUUGCAACUAAAUUGUGGGGACUAGCACAAAAACAUGGGGAGAUAGACACCAAGGUUAUGGUUCGCAGUUUAAAUGCAGUAAAACAUAAAGCAGAUUCUACUUCCUUCAGAGAAUACUCCGAGCUGGCAAGCAAGCUUAUGCUGGAAUCAAGAACAUAGUGCAAUGUCACGUCAACUUAUCAACUUAUUUCAUGUGCAGGACGUGUUAUAUGACAUCAGUGAAAUUUCUAAAAAAUGUUACAAGUGAAUUGUGCUGAAGUUUAAAACAUGUUAACCUUAGAUGAGAUGUGACUGUUACAAUUAGUAUGAGCUGAAUUUAGUUUAAAUGUGCUAAAAAGAGAUAUGAUGGAGGUAAAAGUGGAAUGAUGACUUAUUUUGUAAAUAUGUAAUAAAUCAUAAUUAUGU